GGGUUCCAUUUCUGUUAAGAAAUAUAGUCAACGAUAUGGUCAACAUGACUAAUUACUAACUGGAUUAAGAAUUUGUUAAAUUAGUCCUUAACAGUAAACAAACAAAUCCCUCCACCUGAAAUUAAUUACCAAACUUUAACAUGUUUUUAAAAUUUUGUUAAUUUUGUUUAAGUCACUCUCUCUCUCUCUCUCUCUUAUGCUGUAAAGAAAAAGAAAAAGAAAACAAAAGGGCAACCACAAUCAAACCACAACCACCACCAUCAACAACCGCUGAGGAAAAACAAACUUAACUGAGAGGGACGUACCUUCCGACAUUUUCCCUAUUCUUCAAGCAACAGCCUGAAACGACCACGUUUUCUUCUUCUUCAUCUUCGAUCUUCAGCUAGGGUUUCGUAUUUAUCCCCAAUGUUCGAUAGAGUACUCACUCUCUGAACUCUUCAACUAGUUUGGAGCCGAUUUGAUGGAUCGGGAAAUGGUGGACGCUGGCCCAGUUACGCCUGGACAGGUGUCUUUUUUGCUUGGAAUCAUCCCAGUAUUUGUCACAUGGAUAUAUUCGGAGUACUUAGAAUAUAAAAAAUCUUCAUCUCAUCCUAAAGUUCAUUCAGAUACUAAUCUGGUUGAGUUGGGAGAGGAAACGAUCAAGGAAGAUGAUCGGGCUGUUUUGCUGGAAGGAGGCCUUUCGAGAUCAGCAUCUACAAAGUUUAAUAGUUCAUCCAUUAAAAUAAACUUAAUUAGGUUUCUGACUAUGGAUGACUCUUUUUUACUUGAAAACAGAGCAACUCUUAGAGUGAUGUCUGAGCUUGGGGCAAUUCUGUUCUAUUUCUACAUAUGUGACCGCACAAGUAUACUGGGGUCUUCUACAAAGAAUUACAAUCGGGAUCUGUUCCUCUUUCUGUACCUUCUCCUCGUCAUAGUUUCAGCAGUGACAUCUUUGAAGAAACAUACUGACAGAUCAGCAUUCUCUGGAAAAUCUAUACUUUACCUGAAUCGGCAUCAGACGGAGGAAUGGAAAGGGUGGAUGCAGGUCCUAUUUCUAAUGUACCAUUACUUUGCCGCAAGCGAGAUUUACAAUGCAAUACGUGUCUUUAUUGCUGCAUAUGUUUGGAUGACUGGAUUUGGAAACUUUUCCUACUACUACAUUAGAAAGGAUUUUAGCCUCGCCCGCUUUGCUCAGAUGAUGUGGCGGCUAAAUUUUUUUGUGGCGUUUUGCUGUAUUGUUCUUAACAACGACUAUAUGUUGUAUUACAUCUGUCCAAUGCACACUCUGUACACUCUUAUGGUGUAUGGAGCCCUUGGCAUCUUUAGCAAGUACAAUGAGAUCAGAUCAGUGAUGGCUGUAAAGAUUCUAGGAUGCUUUCUUGCGGUUAUCUUGAUUUGGGAAAUACCUGGAGUUUUUGAAAUAUUCUUUCGUCCAUUAUCCUUCUUAUUGGGGUAUACUGAUCCUGCAAAACCAGAUCUCCCUCGUCUGCAUGAAUGGCAUUUUAGAUCAGGACUUGAUCGCUACAUAUGGAUUAUUGGAAUGAUAUAUGCCUAUUAUCAUCCUAAUGUGGAGAAAUGGAUGGAUAAAUUGGAGGAAUCUGAUACCAAAAGGAGGGUCCCAAUUAAAGCAGGAAUAUUUGCCGGUUCUGUGUUUGUUGGUUAUCUGUGGUAUGAAUAUAUUUACAAGCUGGACAAGGUUUCAUACAACAAGUUGCAUCCCUACACAUCAUGGAUUCCGAUAACUGUAUAUAUAUGUCUGCGGAACUUUACUCAGCAGUUGCGGGGUGUUUCUUUGACUCUCUUUGCGUGGCUUGGCAAGAUUACUUUGGAAACCUAUAUUUCACAGUUCCAUAUCUGGCUGAGAUCAAACACACCUAAUGGACAGCCUAAGUGGCUUCUCUCUCUCAUUCCAGAAUAUCCCUUGCUCAACUUCAUGCUGACAACUGCCAUCUAUGUUUUGGUAUCUCAUCGGCUUUUCGAGUUAACUAAUACGCUUAAGACAGUGUUUGUACCCACAAAAGACAACCAAAGGCUGCUUUAUAAUUUUCUUGCAGGGGCGGCCAUUUUUACUUGUUUGUAUUUCAUCUCAUUCAUUCUUGUUCAGAUACCUCAUUGACCAGCUUAACGAAGAAGACCCAAAAGAGGGUUAUACAGAUGUUUCCUGUUGAAUGUGCAAAUAUAGAAAGAAUUUAAUAAGGGAGUUGGAAGAUGUUGGUUGCAAAUAUAGCCUGCAAAGCUUGAGAUUCCAACAGUUUUUCAAGGAGAAAGGCACUGUCCAUUGCUGUGUGAAAGCUUGAACAUGGAUGUUAGAUUUGCCUUUGGAAAGUUUGGCAGGCGGUGGCAGGAAGCAAUAGAGAAAGGAAUUCUUUUGAAAUAUAGAUGAUUGCCAUGUAUCUUCUUUUUCCUUUCCCACAGUUUUGUUAAAUCAUUGAAGAAAAAAUGUAGAUCCCUGUGACAUAGAUUUGUUGUUUGUUGUAAGUCAAGUUCAAUAUUCAUGAGCAAUGUGAUCUUCUGUUAUGUUUAUUGUUAAAAUGUUUCACACAAAAAAUGUGCAGUGAAUUGGAAAUAAAUAGUUGGGUUAAACGUA